AACGAGAAGCCUGGGGGAAGGGGAGACUGAGAGAAAUUAGAACGUUAUGAAGGUAGUCAGUGGCCAGUCAGUCAGUCUUGAAAGUGAGACCAUGAGAGUAACAAGACCUUGACUACACGUGCCUCUCCUCCUCCCCUUACGUCAUGACAACCUCUCCUCUUCCCCUCCUCCUCCUGCUUUUCCUCAGCUUCCUGGACCGUCAUGCGUGGGCCCAGGGGCAAGACAGCACCCUUCAGCUGGUCCAAAUGCUGUACCGUCAUGGGGAUCGCUCUCCCAUCUCGCUGUACCCCAAUGACCCCCACGGCAACGUCUCCGCUGUCUGGCCCAUGGGUCUCGGCCAGCUCACCAAGAAGGGAAAGGCCAUGCACUAUGAGCUGGGGCGUUGGUUGAGGACCCGCUACGACACAUUGGUGGGGCCUGACUGGGUACCGGAGGAGCUUAUUGUCCGGAGCAGUGACACGGACCGCACCCUCAUGUCUGCUGCCUGUAACCUUGCUGCCUUCUACUUCCCCAAGCAUGAUGACGAGAGGUUUGAGAAGCACCUCCCAUGGAUGCCCACCCCAAUUCAUACCAUCCCUGCUGCCCUAGAUAAGCUUAUACUAAUUGAGUCAUCCUGCCCGAGAGUCAAGGUGGAGGAGAAGAACAUGGACUACUUGCCGGAGGUGAAGAAGAUACUGGAGGAGAACCAGGACCUCUUUAAGUUCCUCACAGAGAAGACGGGACAGGCUGUGGACAACAUUACUGCAGUCAGCUACAUCUUUGACACACUGAUGAUUGAGUCAGCAUACAACCUGACACUGCCCAGCUGGACCAAAGAUGUGUGGGAUAGGAUGGAAAGACUGCAUUUCUGGAGCUUCAAGUUAAUGGCAUACACUCCAGAACUGAAACGUCUUAGAGGAGGUCCUCUCAUCAAGGAGUUUGGGGAUAACAUGAGGAAGAAAGUAGCUGGGUCUUCCUCCUCUUCCUCCUCCUCGAAUGUAGACACUAAGAUCUACAUGUAUUCAGGUCAUGAUGCCACCUUAGCCAUUGUGACAGAGGCCCUUGGGGUGUACAAUGGUCUCCCUCCUCCAUAUGCUGCUCUCUUCCUGCUGGAGUUACAUAAAGUGGAUGACCAGUAUUUUGUGAAGAUGUAUUACCACAACGACACAGCCAUGAGAGAGCCUCCUUACCCACUGGUCCUGCCCGGCUGCUCAGAGCAGUGCCUUCUUGACGACUGGCUGUCACUCACGGCCAAGGUAGUGUCAGAUGAUUGGGAUAAAGAGUGCCAUUCAGGCUUUCCCUUCGGCCUUUCUCUCAAUACCUUUGCUGCCAUCUGUGCAGCAGUGAUACUUGGGGUGCUGCUCCUCAUCCUACUGAUCUACAACCUCAUCAUUUGCCACCGCCAGAAGAGCCACUUUGCCUACAGACCCGUCCCCAGCUCCAGCCCCUAGCAGACCCACCAGGGGGAGUUCAAGGUUCUGCCACACCAAGUGUUCCCACCAUGUCAGGUAUUCUUGUUCCCUAAAGAGAUGAGUUGUUGCUGGGUGUGCUGGCUCUCACAUUGUGUUGUGUGUUGUCUGGUGGAAGUCGCCGCUGGUGUGGCUGCAGCCUUUGUUGUGAGUGUUUAUCUUUUUUUAGACUUUACCAACAUCCAAACCAGUUGUGUAAUGUAGCAUUGUAGUGUUGUGUAGUGGUUGCAAUACUUUUAUGUUCUCAAUAUUUAUUUGAGAUUAUGUUUACAUAUUAGCUAUCUUCAUGUGAGUGAAAACUUUUCUUUCUAAUGGAUGUCCUUUUUAUUCUAUAUUUAUUUUUAUGGAGGUUGUGACAGUUAUGGCGACAACGCACGUGACAGUCAGACGAUCAUAAUUUGUGGUGCCAAUUUUUAUUCUUUUAAGCUGACUAUUGUCAGUGAGGUGGAGACAAGAUACUUCCAGUUGAUACACAUCCCAAGGCACACCAUUAGCAUGCCCUCAUAAUGGACACCAUUCUGAGCUGUCUCCACCUGCUUCCCCCGUUACAGUUACAGCACAGAUUCCCUGAACAUUAUGCUCAGCUUAUAUCAAUAAGUUGUUUGACUCGCAAGGAUUUUUUAAAUCACAAGGAUUCUCCUCUCCCUUACAAGGGGACAGUCUGUUGAAGUGGUGCAUAUAGGCUACAGUAGUCCCACCGACUGUUUAUAUGGCUGUAAAGAUUACAGUAAAAAGAACAUGAGAAAACAAAUCUUUAGACUUAGAGAAUAAGAACUGCAUGGCUUAGUGUGAGUUGAACUGUGUGGCCACACGUCUCAAGUUCAUGCCUUGCCCAUGGCACUUGCUUGGUGAGGGAAAACGAUCUUUCCAUUAACCUAACUUGAGAUUUUACUAUCCAUACAUAAUUAAUUCAAUCUUGUGACUAUUGUGAAGUGAUUGUCAUUGGUUUGUGUGUAUGUAUGUGUGCGUGUGCGUGCGUACAUAUGUGCGUGCGUGUGCUGGUUGUUGCAUAAUAUCAUAUCUGAGUUGCCAGCACAUCUCAGUCUCUUUCAGAAUGAUCAGAUGUACAAGAGCAAACGCUUAAUCCUUCCAGUUCAGAGAAGACAGCUUGACUGCAUUGUUGUGAGAAAUUUUACUGAUAUAAUAUUUAUAUACAUAUAUAUAUAUAGGAAUAGUAUACAUAUAUAUAUAGUACAUGUAUUUUUGGACUUUACAGUACUGGUCUUCAUAUAUGUUUAUUUAUUUUAUGAAGUCUAUUGUUGUGAUUAUCUCUCUCAAUGGUGAUAAUAUUACAAAGCUCUAUAACUUGUCAUAAAAAGGAUGUACUUAUAAUGUUGCCAAGUGUGUUUGUAUCUGUGAACCAGGAGAGCACCUUACCUAUGCAAUAUCAAUUCUGCCAGUAAGAUUUUUGCAAUGUACACAUUUACACUUCUGGACUUUGCAUUUGGUUCAGAAAUCUGCCCUUCCAAUCUAAAGCAGAUUUGUCAUGAUCUUCACAAUAUGAUCUAUAAAUUUUUAUUGAAUAAAAUCUUGUGAAUAUUUGUCAUGUGGACUUAAUAUUGUAAAGUACAGCCAUCAACCUUACUGACACAUUGUGUAGUACGGGAAGGACUCUGUGAUGAGCAAAUGAUGUAGUAUAUAUUAUCUGCUUGCCACACUACUGUAAGAAGUUUCAGAAUGACUGCUUGAAAAUAGUAGUAGUACUGUUCUUUGCAAAAAUUUCAAAAGAUCCACAUGGCCUAUGCAAUGCCUCCAUCAUGCACAUAGUAUUUCACAUGUUACUUCUCUCACUGCCUGACAAAUGAAAGCUGGUAAUUGGUUAUGCUUUUGUUCCUCUGCAAGUAAUGGUAGUUUGAUUUGUAUAGAACAUAAUUUGAACCUAACACAGGACCAAAGUUUCAAGCUGUUGGCUGUUAAAGGAAAAGUAAUGUUAGUAAAUGGAUUGCUAGUUUUACAUUGCAUUUGUAUGUGUAUUUUUAAAAGGCUUCUAUGAAACCUUUCAUGUUCAGUAGUCACAGUGGAGCAUGCAGAACACAACAUAUCCUGACAUAUAUGUUCAUUGUCAAAAUAAUAGUGACAUGCAAAAGGAAAGAAAAGAUAAUUUGAAAAAAUCAUAACCUCCUAUGACAUGUCACUUGUACUCAUGAGACAUGGUCACCAAACUUUUGUGAAACAGCAGGCAAUCCAGCAGUCAUGCAUGGGGUGUCCUUUCCACAGUCUCACCACAGAGCUUCAUCAUAUGGACACUGAUGCUUCAUACAACUGUCAGGCCAUCUCCUGUUCAGCAGGUAGUGUUUGAUUGUGUUGCCACACAUGUGCAGUGAAUAUAAUGUUAAUAUGUUAUGUGUGUGGACCACAUGAGAGCUCUGAAAUAGUCAAGUGUUGUUGGUGGCCUGUCUCAAUUUUCUGCUCCCUCCAUUCUGUGCAGAAGCAGAUUCAGUUCCUGUCGGUGGAGAAGAAAUGCUAGUGGUGUGAGUAAUUGAGGUAUCAGUGUGUUGGUGCUUGUGUUGCUACUCACUCUACACCACCACCAUUCCUCUCUGCCAUUCUUUUAUGCCUUCCUGUAAUUUGUCAUGUGAAAUUUUGUAAUUUUCUCACUGUGAGAAGUCUUUUACUACAUAUGUAUGUAAUAGUUCUCCUUAGGAUAGGACAGUGUGUAUGGAAGUCCUAAUAGGACUGUAUAUAUGUGUAUAUUGCCUCUGAAUAUCAAUCCUGUCCAAUGAUUGGCUGCAUUCAUGCAUCUUUACACUGUUUCAAGCCAGUCCCUGGCUGAUGCCACAAUCCGGUGCAGCACCUCAGUGCAGGUCCCAAGCCCAGACAAUUGGGGAGGAUUGUCCAAAGAGCAUCUGGUGUAAACCUUUAACCAAAUCACUUUGCAGAUGUAAUCUGCUGUAAAACACAGGUCAUGUUCAAGGACGGCUUAAUAAAUCUGUCGGAGAAGAAUUGUCUUGAACACCAUUUAUACAUGUUCUGGAGAUUUUUCAAUCAGGCCAUGCUUGUGACAUCUUAACCAGGAGACCUCUAAGAAAACAGGACAAGCACUUCUUAUAGAUUCAUAUUAGUUGAUACUAAUUGAAAAGUUGCAUUGUUUUGGUAUUGGAUUAGUCAGAUCCUAUGCUGGUGUGACCAGUUCCUUUAAUUUCACAUUAUAGGCAACUUUUCUCACCUGUACCUGGUGCUGAAAGAAGAGAAGUGCUUUGAGAUUUUGUAAAGGAUUGGUUCCUUGAUUUAUGGAGUUCGUGUUCUGUGUGUUAGCAACAAUGUAACAACACACGCACACCUUGUAAUACUAAUCUAUGCACAUAAACUGAAAGACAAAAGACAAAACAGUUGUGGAGUAGUUAAAGUAAUGUUUUAUACAUUUUACUUGAGUAUUUUUAUAUUGUAUUAAGGAUACGAUUUGUUUGGAUUUUUACGUAUUGGGUAAUGUGAUGUAGCAAACAUCCUCGAAUGGUCUCAUAGUGGGAUGAGCUUUUGCCAUGCCGGUGAUGGUAACAGUAAUGGUAUGUAUACAUGAAAUCAUAAAAUGCAACAAAAUAUAUGGUAAUGUUACUUCAAAAAGAGGAUGUGGAAAAGUAAAAUAUUUGUGCUUGGCAUUACAUCUCAUUCUUCAUCAGUGUUAAAUUAUAUUUUCUUUGUUUCUAAUAAAAUGUAUUCUUUUU